AUGGAUGAGGACUAUGUGUUUGUGUCGAGGCCAUAUGAGGAACCCUCCCGCUCUGAGUCCAUGACGGGACACCUCGCCGAAAUCGAUCGUUUCAUCCAACAGCUUGCGCCUGCCUUGUGGCCUCUCAACUGCUUCAUACACAACAACCCAGAGCUUGGCUACAAAGAGUUCAAGGCGCACGAUGCUUUGACAAAGUUCAUGAAGUCUCGACCAGGAUGGGCCAUCACGCGCUCGGCCUUUGGAAUGGCCACCGCAUGGGAAGCAGUCUUCGACACCGGCAAGGCGGGACCUGUGGUGUCUUUGAAUGCGGAAAUGGAUGCACUGCCCAAUCUAGGCCAUGCAUGUGGUCACAACCUGAUUGCCAUGGUUUCCGUCGCUGCUGGCCUUGCCACAGCGGAAAUCCUCCACCAAGAGGGUCUCGCAGGCAAGGUCAUCAUCGUCGGCACACCAGCCGAGGAAGGCGGCGGUGGCAAGAUCAAGUGCCUCGAAGCAGGCGCUUACAAAAACACAGACGUGACCCUCAUCUCGCAUCCCGGCAUCUUGAACAAUAGCCCCAUGGUCAGAACUACGGCAUUUACCAGACUCAAUGUCGAAUACCAUGGCAAAGCCGCCCAUUCGGCCAAGAACCCGUGGCAGGGCGUGAAUGCCCUCGAUGCCAUGGUUCUUGCAUACAACGGCAUUUCAGCCAUGCGCCAGCAAACCAGAUCUGACGACUUCAUCGGCCUGCAAAUCACGCACGGCGGCGACAGGCCGAAUUUCAUCCACGAGCACGCUGCCGGCGCUGCUGUUCUGCGAGCAGCCACCGCACCGCACUUGCAUGAGCUGCAGCGCAAGGUGGAAGGCUGUUUCCGCGCUGGCGCCGAGGCCACAGGCGCCCGUGUCGAGAUGGAAGUCCGGCCGGGCUACCUGGACCACAUGCCCAACAGAGUCCUGGCGGCUUCCUUUGCAAAGUACUGGCUGGAAAUGCCCAACGUCCCGGACCCGCCGCUGCCACCGCCGGGGCAGUACACGUGGGUGAGGUCGAGCACGGAUCAAGGGAAUCUGAGCUAUGCGUUGCCGAGUAUGAAUGUAAGUUUUGCUAUUCCUCCGGGGCCGGAGGCUGGGCAACCGCAUAGUCCAGAUUUUGAAAAGGCGUCCAAAACACGGGAGGCGUUUGAUAGCGCGAUGAGAGUGGCCAAGGCCAUGGCUGGCACGGCGGUUGACAUGUACACGGUGCCGGGGCUGCUGCAGGAAGUAAAAGACCAGUGGGAGCGUGACAUGAGUCGGGAUUAA